AUGGCUGAACAUAAACUCGACCCGAUUGUGCUGGUGAUUGAUUUCCACCAUGCACGGGGUCCCGAGAUCGAACACUGCAUCGCCGACGAAGGUACAAACCCGGCUACCGAGAAUGACUGGUCGUUGCUGCCGUUCAUGGCCCUGUCCGACGGCGCGCAUCUUUCGACGGAGGAGUUCUCCUACUUCACGCUCCGUCGCAAGGAAACGUCCACAGACCUGGCUACCUCCCUAUUCGGCAUAUCUUGCUCGCGCCAGCUCGAUGCCAAGCUUUUGGUCAAUCGCCCAGCAGAUGUGACUAGGUCUACAGUGCAGAAGGCUGUUGUGGUGGUCACGGAUAGUCCUCAGCGGGUGGGGCAAUUGCGCGAGAAGCUUUCCGUGGUGACCUCGGCAUGGUUUGCACAAAAGGACUUUUCUGAUAUCGAUAUAUUGAGGAAAUUCCGCGAGGGUCUGGUCAUCAGUCUGCAGAACGAUGACCCGAGAGACCAGAAUCUGGGACUUUCUCUCCGAGAAAUGAUCCAUGAAUUCAAGCACCAGACGCUGGUCCUGUUCAAGGGCUUACUGUUGCAGCCUAAGAUGCUCUUUUUUGGCACUCGCUGUGAACGGUUAUGCAUGAUUCAAUUCUCGCUCAUCUCCUUAAUACCAGGUCUCAUCAACAGCCUGGAGGACUGUGCGGACCCGGCCUUCGACCGUUAUGCACAGACCGUUGAGAAACCGACUUCGCUCAAGACGAGUGACCGCACCUCUUGUAUGCCUGACCCUAUUGGCAUAUAUGGGCCUACCAUUGCAGAUCUUUGGCAAGGUACGGAAGCAUGUUCGGUCCUUAUAUCCCCUCUCCAACAACUGGAUCUGCUAGCCGAUGAUGGCACAAAGUCGUACGUUGUGGGAUCGACAAACUCCUUACUCCUGCAACAGAAGGAUCGCUACAGCGACAUAUUAAUCAACAUUGACCAAGCCCUUUACAAACAGCUUGAUGAAGAUAGCAUCAACAUCUCAUCACCAAGCCUGCGCACAGCUUUGGGUUUGUCUGUAGCUGACCGGCGCUGGAUUGAUCUGCUUACUCAAAUCGUGAAUGAAACAUGGGACGAGGAGCACCCGUCACAACCCAAAACAUUGGGCUUUAUGGGCUCGGAAGAGUUUAUCCGACUCCAAUUCGAGGAGUACUUGUUGGCACUACUGUCUUCCAUGAAGUAUCACGAAGAACUCAAUUCCAUCACCUCCGGCGGUUCACCUCACCGAAGCAGAGCACAAUUGCAAAACUUCAAUAUCGAGGGUGAUCCUGCGCUUGAUUUCAAUCCUGAAUUCCUCAUACAAUGGCAGAAGACGUCGAAUUACGCUCUUUUCUCAAAACUCACAUCGGACGCACUCCUUUUCUCUAUUACUGAGCCGAAGCACCCAAGUGCUGGUGGCUUGACGAUGGACGACAUCCAGCGACGAGUGUCUCAGCAAGUCGCGGAUCUUCACCUUGAUGAACGAGUGCGUGAGGGCCGAGAGGCACUCAACCGCCAUCUCAGCACCGGUCAAAAGAAAGUCAGCGCCGCAUUCAAUAGCUUCUGGUCCGAUAUUGAGUCUAUGCGCGAAGCCCAACGCAAGCGUAACGAGGAAAAGGCUUUGACCUCGGCCUCCCAGCGUACCUCUAUGGACCAGACCCCGGCCUCUCCGUCAGUCGCCUCUCCAGACUCUUCCACUGAUGCCUCCGGUGCUUGCCAGCCAAAAGGCCAGCGCAUACUUCAGCUCAUGGGGAUCAUGGGCCAGCGAGAAGCGCCGCGAGUGGCAAGCAAGCGCAGCUCCUCCCCCAACCCAAACCCAGGCGUGGUCGCUUCUCCAUCCACCCCGGCUUUGCCAGCAGUCACCGAGAAAGCAGAGUCUGACCGUGGCCGCCGCCGGUCCAUGCAACGCCACAGCGAAGACGCGGAGGGUCUGUCGCGCAGCCUCAGCCGCCGAAAGAGAUGGAGCAAUAUCAUCUUACGCCGCGACAGUGGCGAGUUCAGCCUCCCCAGCUCGGGCUCAGAGGCCUCUGAUGCUCCCUACCCGAAGUCUCCUCUGUCCCAAGGCUUCCCAGCAUACGGAACGGAAGCGCAGAAGAAAGCAGACCUCGCACAUCGGCCCGAGAAGUCAUCUGAGACUUCCCAUGAUGCUGAUGGAUUCGGCGCGGUACCGCUCUCAUCGGAGGGGCUCCGAGUAGACCUUAACCCAGAAGAGCGCGCGUCCCAGGCCGCGCACUCCCAUACCGCUGAAAUGCACUCGACCGAGGCUCCUGGGGAGGCUAAUGAGGCCCCGGCAGCCAAGGGAACCAGUGCAUAG